CUGCGUCAACGAGUGAGUCCGCUAAGCACAAGCGGUCUGAAGGACGGACAGCAGCAGCUAGUGAAAAGCGAUCUAUCUAUCGUCACGUCAGAGACCCAGUCACCGUCGUUUACUCGCCGCGAGUCGCGUUCAUCGCCAGCGUCACCACGCCAGCAAAUGGCAGAUGGUUUAUCGCCUGCCGACGAAUGCGUCGGUCGCGCAGCGACGCCUUCACAGCAAGAAGGCGGUGGCAUGUGUUUACGAAGGUACGCAUUGCGACGGCGACGUUCGAUACAGCAAAAAGAUGAAGAAGGCUGCGCCACGAGUAGUCUCGCUGCAACUGCUGACGAGGUAUCAUAUUGA